AUGAGCCGCCCCGUACAGUCCCUCCUCCGGGCUUCCCGAUCCUUCUCCCCCCGCGCAUCCUCUUCCACCCCCACUCUCCGCUAUGCCGCCCGUACAUUCACCUCCACACGCCCAUCCCUCGCCGAAACUGCCGAACAGCCAACUCAAUCACCCGUCAGCGCCAAGGUCGGGCCCAUAGUCGAGUCCAUCUCGGGGUUGACAUUACUCGAAGUGUCGGAAUUGGUCACUGCUCUCAAAACCCGCCUGAAUAUCACGGAAAUAGCAAUGCCAUCGUCCUCGGCUGCACCGGCGGCGGCGGCACCAGUGGAGGCGGAAGCGGCAGAGGAGAAGCCAAAGGAGAAGACGAUCUUUACGGUCAAGCUGGAUGCAAUCGACCCGGCGACAAAGGCAAAGGUGAUCAGGGAGGUCAAGGUGUUGAUGCCUAACAUGACGUUGGUGGAGGCCAAGAAGUUCGUCGAAUCAUGCCCACAAACGCUGAAGGAGAACCUGCCGAAGGAGGACGCCGAGAAGCUGCAAAAGACAAUGCAGGCAUUGGGAGCGACAGUAUCUUUGGUAUAA